AUGAAAAUUUACAGCCGCUGACAUCGCUCCUGGGGAAGUGUAGCUACUUCAAAGAGGUUCUUCUGCAACAGUCAAAUUGCUCAAGAUUAUGAACAAAUUAUUCCAAGUAUGGAUGAAUACAAGAAGGCAAGCAAGUUCUUCAAAAAGGGAGACUACAACCUGGCUGCUACAUACUACAAAGACUUGCUUAAUAUCACUAGACUUCCUUUGCAAAAGCACCAAUGGUGUGGGAUUAAGGAUGGAUGGAGCGACUCUUAUAGGAAUAGUAAACUCUUGCUGAAAAUUUAUGACAGAUUAGCUUAUUCUUAUUUGUACACUAAGAAAGAGGAUGCUAGUGAUCUAUUCGAGUUCUGAAAUGACUUAUUUAAUCCUGAUAUAUCAUUUCCUUUGCAGACAAAACAUUUAUUAACAAAGUUUGUGAUGGAUGAUGCAACCUCUGCUCAUAAAGGUUUUGACGCACUUCAAAAGGACGAGAAUCUUUCACAAGAAUAUCGUUCAGUUGCCAAGAAUAAUCUAGCUGUGAUGAAAUUUCAUAAAUUUCAGGAAUCGCUGAGAGAGGCUAAUCAUGAUUUCAAUAAAUUAGAUGAGAAGGCAAUCUUUGAGGGUGAACAGAUCCUGACUUUACUCAAAGAAUCUAUCAAAGGAUUUGAAAAUACCAACCAGAGAUCUGAGGAAGAUGCUAAAACUUUACAAUCCUUGCUCGAUGUCAACAGCUAUGGCCCUGAAGAGUUUUAUAAUAACUCUGGUAAAGCUCAGUUCUUUGAUGUUGUCAAGCAUCCUCUCUCUGGAAUCACCCUGACCAACAUCUGUGAAGAAAUGCUACUUCAGGGUCCAAGAAUGGACAAGAAGCAUACCUCUUUUUGGUAUGUUGCUGGUCUGAAAUUUCAUGAAAAAUAUGAAACUGGCUUCCUAGCAAGACAUUUGACUUUACUGGCGAUAUUCUACCAUGCUCAAGAAAGAACAAUGAUUGCAGAGGGACUUCUCACAAGAGCUCUUGAACUUACCAAGGGUAAGGGAGAUAUUCACGAGGCGUUUACAUUCAAGAUUUACGGUCAUAUCCUCAGAUCAAAGCCUUCAAGAGUUAAUGAGUCUGAGAAAUUUACUACAAGAGCAACAGAGAUUGAGCAGCAGCUAGUCCCUUGGACUAGCAAACUGGUCCAGAUGCAUAUUCCUGUAGUCUAA